AACGCAACAAUUAGUAUUCCAAGGGAGACGUGCGCGUACACAUUAUUCAGCAUUUAUUCUAUUUAACUAGCUGUUUUUCGCGAUUCCAACCGCAUUCAUUUAAACAUUAUUUACGAAAUCGGUACAGAGAACUAAUGUGCUUUUUGUACUACCCCUCUCAAUAGCUGCCCUUUAGGAUUUGUUUUAAAAACCUUAUGUAACUUCGUGUAUUAUAAAACGUUGGACGAUACGUGUCGCUCGCACGCAAAUUCCAUGUAAACUGUUCAAUCUGCAACGCAAGCUACAAACGGACAGACUGGCGUUUGAAUUAUUAGUGUAGAUGUAAAACAGCAGUCGCAGCAUAUUAACAAACAUCUACAGUAUAACUUUGCCCACAUUACACGACAUCAUGCUCGCGCUCUGCUACACGUUAACAAUUUUAUUCAAAUUAAUUUCAUACGUCGCCUUAUCGUUCAUUGUUCUUGUUAUCGGACUAAAAUUAUGGCUGGAACCAACGAAAGGAGUCUGCAAAUGUAAAACAACUCUAGAGAACAAAGUAGCUCUCAUCACUGGAGGAAAUUCUGGCAUCGGACUUGAAACAGCCAGAGAUCUAGCUAGAAGAGGAGCGAGAGUCAUCAUUGCCAGCAGAAAUGACAAGAAAUCUAAAGAGGCAGUCGAAGAUAUUAUUGCUACAACUGGUAAUCACAACGUGGAAUAUAAACAUUUAGAUUUGUCGAAAUUCACAAAUGUCAGAAAAGUAGCUGAAGAUAUCAACAAAUCUGUUGGUCGUCUGGAUAUUUUAGUGAACAACGCGGGGUGUGGUAUAGGAGGAGGGGUCACUGAAGAUGGGAUAGAUAACAUUAUGCAGAUCAACUAUUUGGGACCAUUCUUACUCACGAACUUACUUAUGGAUAAACUGAUAGAAUCGAGACCCAGCAGGAUCGUCAUAGUGUCUUCAUUCGCCCAUCAUGUGUCUUAUUUCGACCCGGAAGAUCUCCGUGGAUUGAAGUACUUGUUUUUUGGUGUUUGGUUCAGAUAUGCUAACAGUAAGUUGUGUAAUAAUAUUUGGACCAGAGCAUUAUCAGAUAGACUUCCAAACGGUGUGACAGUCAAUUGUUUACACCCGGGCGUAGUGUACACAAACAUUUUUGACACUCUGCAUCCAGUUUUAAAGAGUUUUGUACUGAUGAUUAUCAAAUGUGGAUUUUUCAAGAGUCCUCAAGAAGGGGCACACACAACUAUACAUUUAUGUGUUUCACCAGACUUAGAAAACGUGUCAGGGAAGUAUUUCUGUGAUUGUAAAGUGUAUGAGAUGUCUAGAAAGGCGUAUGAUGAGGUUCUUGUGGAAAAGGUUUGGAACGAUAGUAUUAAAUUGAUUAGCAAUAAGUAAACGAAUGAGGUUUUUCAUUCUCAUAUUCCCACGCUUCCUCGCUUUCCCACGAAAAGCAAAAAAUACUAAUUAUUUUAUUUUUAAUUCAUCUUUAUAAAUAACUCUCUCCCGUAGUUACGUAACAUUUAUUUUCAAAUAUAUAAGCGUCUGCUGUUACGGGAAGCCAAUAAAUGAAACUGUACUACAACCGGUGUAAUGUAGAGAGACAAAUAUCGGUGAGAGACGUUAUUGUAUUUAUAUGGAGCUAAUAUGCAAUGAGAAAUGAAUGUAAGUGAGAAUGACUGAUACCAUUCAAAUUUAAAAAUAGGUAUUGCCGUCACAUAAAUUGGCAUUUCUCUUAGGCAUGUAUCGUGUACAAUUUACAUUGCCAUUAGUUGCGUAAAAUUUUGGGUUAUUUGUCGAAUAAAUAUAUAAAUUAUUCAUAAA